UCAUCAGCACAGACGCUGCCUCAAGGGAGAUGGGUAUAGGCAGUUUGCAGCAGGGCCCGAGCCGUAAAAGAUGGGGAGAAGGUGGAAUCAGAGGCUGGUUCAGCACGAGGAAGCUAGCAGCAAAGACUCAGGAAUGGAAGAAAGACUUCACGCUGUCGAAGGGGAAAGAUGCCCCCGCGGGGCAGAGCGAGGAGCACUCGGAGCGCGGGCACUGGUCCAGCAAGACGGACUAUCUGCUGUCCAUGGUGGGCUACGCGGUGGGGCUCGGCAACGUCUGGCGCUUCCCCUACCUCACCUACCAGAACGGAGGCGGUGCCUUUCUAAUACCCUACGCAGCUAUGCUGGCAUUAGCUGGUUUACCUUUAUUUUUUUUGGAAUGUUCCCUGGGGCAGUUUGCCAGUUUGGGGCCAGUUUCUGUGUGGAGAAUAUUACCAAUUUUACAAGGAGUGGGAAUCACGAUGGUCAUCAUCACCACCUUGGUGACGGUCUAUUACAAUGUUAUCAUUGCCUAUGCUCUCUACUAUCUCUUUGCCUCCUUCCAAAGUGUACUGCCAUGGUCGGACUGCUUUGCGUGGGCAGAUGAAAAUUGCAGCAAAACACCUGUAGUGAGUGAUUGCAAUACGACCUUAUCAAACGGGAUAGUCAUUCACACAAACUACUCGUACGUCACCAGCAACAAUCUAACCUGUCUCAAUGGCAGCUUAACGUAUAAACAAGUGCAACUUCCCAGUGAGCAGUACUGGAAUAAAGUGGCCCUUCGGCGCUCCAGCGGGCUGGACGAGACGGGUGAAAUUGUCUGGUACUUGGCCCUCUGCCUGCUCCUAUCCUGGCUGAUAGUCGGAGCUGCAUUAUUUAAAGGGAUCAAAUCUUCAGGAAAGGUUGUUUAUUUCACAGCUCUCUUUCCAUAUGUUGUCCUCGUUAUCCUGCUUGUGCGAGGUGCCACCCUGGAAGGGGCUCGGAAUGGCAUUGAGUAUUACAUUGGAACACAGUCCAAUUUCACAAAGCUGAUGGAGGCAGAGGUUUGGAAAGAUGCAGCUACUCAGAUAUUCUUCUCCCUGUCGGUGGCCUGGGGGGGCCUGGUCGCUCUCUCCUCUUACAAUAAGUUCCAUAACAACUGCUAUUCCGAUGCCAUUGUUGUUUGUUUAGUAAACUGCCUCACCAGCGUGUUUGCGGGAUUUGCGAUCUUCUCCGUUUUGGGACAUAUGGCUUUCCUGGCAGACAGACCCGUCUCUGAAGUUGUAGACUCAGGGUUUGAUUUGGCAUUUGUUGCCUAUCCAUCGGCUCUCUCCAAAUUACCAGUUGCCCCUCUUUGGUCCUUUUUAUUUUUCUUCAUGCUUUUACUGUUGGGGCUCGACUCUCAGUUUGCUUCCAUAGAAACAGUGACAACCACCAUACAAGAUAUGUACCCCAAGAUGAUGAAAAAGAUGAGGGUUCCUGUAACCCUGGGAUUAUGCAUGCUGCUGUUUUUUCUUGGUCUCAUCUGUGUCACUCAGGCAGGAAUUUACUGGGUGAACCUAGUGGAUCAUUUCUGUGCUGGAUGGGGGAUCCUUUUUGCAGCGGUCCUGGAAAUAAUAGGCAUUAGCUGGAUUUAUGGAGGAAACCGAUUUAUCCAAGACAUUGAAAUGAUGAUUGGCAAGAAGAGCUGGUGGUUCUGGCUGUGGUGGAGAGCAUGCUGGUUCUUCGUUACGCCUGUUCUCUUGUGUGUGAUUUUAUGCUGGUCUUUGGUCACAUUUUCGCCUCCCAAGUACGGCUCAGUCGAAUACCCUGCGUGGGGAUCGGCCGUGGGCUGGUGCAUGAUUGUCUUCUGCAUCAUCUGGAUUCCCAUUGUUGCGAUUGUAAAAAUAGUGAAAGCGCAAGGAAACCUGUGGCAGCGUAUUGUGAGCUGCUGCCGGCCGGCUGCUAACUGGGGUCCCUCUCUGGAAUGCCAUCGAGGCGAAAGGUACAGCCACAUGGUAGAUCCCCACAAGGAAAGAGACCAGGAGAUCCCCACCGUGGAUGGCUUCGUGCACAAGCUGGAAUGAGACGCCUGUCCCGGGCUGCAUUAUUUUUAACACAAAUGUAUUUUCUUUUUGUUUAAUGUUGGAAAAUAGUGAUCGGAACUAUUGAAAGCUGCACUAUUUAUUGUUAGCUCUGCCUUACAGGGGGGAGCAGGUCAUGGAGUGGAGAGGAAAGCCCAAGCCCACAGACUGGGAGGGCAGGAAAAUACACUCCAGCCUCUCAGAGCGUAGGGACUGGGAGCAGUCCGUAGGGCCCCUGGCCUGCAGAUGCUGCUAUGGGGGGAUGUGUUCUGGUGCUCUCCUGCACAGGGCUCGAGCCACAGGGCUCUGUGCUGGGCACGUACCAACAAGCCACGAUCCUGACGCACCUCCCCGCACGCUCUGUUUUCAGGAGCUGGUGCACAGCUCAGGCUGACGGCACGCAGAGGGGCUCUCUGCUCAGCAGCCCAGUGAAAGUAAAUAAUUGCUGCUGUCUGGGCCUUGCUCAGGCUUCUCAGGGCUUGGUGCUGAGCAAAAUGUGCGUCUGUGUUGUCUGUGUCUCUCGAUGUUGAGGGGUGACAAGCUGCCUGGCUUAUGAGGCUAGAAUGUGGCAAGGCAAGUUCCCAUCGAUUUAUCAUUGUUUCCAUUGGAAUUCCUCAGGGGUCACCUUUUGGUACAGUGUAAAUACAGUCAGCAUCCACUUGUCUGGUCCUCUCAACCCAGCUUCCUUCGUGCUGAACUCAGGGU